GCGGCCUCAUUUACAUUUGAGCGAAACAUUUUAAUGUAUAUCUAGGGUAUAUGUAUAAGGGUACUUUUUGUUAUCGACGGAGUGAGGCAAAUCGCUGUUGCAAAAUGGCUUCGACCGGCUACGGGUGGCGAACAUUUGCAAUCGCAACCAUAAUCCUUACAGUGAUAAGUCUUGCGGCAGAAACGGCGCGCGCUGCCUCGCCACCUCCACCUCCGCGCUCGUCGCCGCCCUUGAGGCUCAAAUCGCCGCCGCCUUCCCCCAGACCUCCUCGCCCUCCACCGCCGGUGAAGUCCCCCCCGCGACCGCCAUCCCCCAAGUAUCCGCCGCCGCCCCCAGCUCCACCUCCUCCACCGGUCCCAUCUCCUCCACCCCCUAGGGUCCCAUUCCCGGAGGCCCCUUACUGCCCCUUCUGUGUCAACCUGACGGUCACCAACUACGCCACCACCACACCCUUAACCAACAGCACGUGUGAAACCAUCCAGAAGCUCCUUUCAAACGGCAUCGUCAACAUCUUCGUCACCAAUCUAAACGCUACACUGCUGUCCGUCGUCAGCAACUGCAACGUAAGCACGGGCGACAUCAGCGUUUGUGCCGGCCUGCUGGGUGCUCUCUACGAUAACGCGGUGCCGCGGCCUUCAGUUGAGACUGUUCGGGAUUUCCUUCAGAGCACGUUGAGCACGUACAUGGAGCGCUGGAGCGGCGUGAUUACAUCAUGCGCCAAAAAAAUCUCAUUCAAGGGUGUCCUCCGCCCAAUAUCAGGAAUCUGUCUCCCCAGCCACACCUCUGCACUAUACUGUGGCGCAUCUGGGAAGUUGUUGCGUCGUCCCUAAAAUUAUGUACAACUUUCAAGUGCUGCUCCUUUUGGUUUUGUAUCGUAUCAGGAAUAUAUGUCUUUACCUUCAGCAGCCAUUUCAGCCAUAAGGCACUAGAGGCACGUAGGACGGUCCAAGCGAUGUGCUGUCGACGUCGCCGCUGGAUGUAUCUCUAGCAGAUGUUUGAUGUGCUCCGAUAAAAUUAUAGCAGCUAUGUGCUUACACCUUACUUAUUCUUUGAAAGGAUGCCGUUACUUGUUUGUCGGAUAGCUGGCGGGACGGGGUGCUAAGCGGCGGCUGUGAUAUUGCCACAGGAUGCAGGCUGGGCUGCAGGCUGUUAUUUGAGGGGGGCGCUGCCUUAUUUCAAAUUAGAAUGAUGUCAUGGGCCACCUCGUCUAGAGCACAUGGCUGGUUCACUUUCAUGCAAUAUUAAAUAGCACUGUAAGACACUGCCAUG